AUGGAAAGACUGGGGCUUAAAGAAUCUAAGGUAUUGAUUAGCUGGUUAAAGAGAGAGAUCUAUAAUCAGUUUAGACUCUGACUGUCGCUGAGACUGACUCUGUGUGAGUUUGAGAAAAAUGUCUUCUUCUCAUACUGUCUGUGUUUUUUCUUCUUCCCAUACAGCACACCUCCCUUCCUCCUCCUCCUCCUCCUCCUCCUCCUCCUCCUCACUAUUACAUCCUACCCCAGCCCCGGCAGAUACCCUCUGCUCUGCUCACCGCGCCGACCCAGCCCUUCAGUGGACUGUGCCAUUUGAUCCAUGCAGAAGAUGAUUCACGCUCUGCGAUCUGGGGAGUAAGAGAGCGCCAGAGGAAUCCCUCGCCCCCCCCUUCACAUCCAUAAUUCAGCAUUUGCGCCUUCGUCCUCCUCCCUCCUCCUCCUCUUCUCUGACUCCCCCUCACCACCACCACCACCACUGUACCACCGCCGCCACCUCCUCCUGUCUCCUUCCACCCACUGCUUUUUGAUGCUGCUGCUUCUACGCUGCCGUGUGCGCUCCAGCACGCCGUCAACAACCUGAGGUAUCAGUCGUCUAUAAAGCAUCCAUCUGGAACUCUUCGGCGGGCGGCACAG